AUGGCUAGCACAGUAGGACAGGCCGCCAUCGCCUGGGAGGCCGGCGCGCCCCUCUCUUACGAGGACAUCGAGGUCGCUCCCCCCAAAGCUCAUGAGGUGCGCAUUCAAGUUCACCACACUGGUGUCUGCCACACCGAUGCCUACACACUCUCCGGCAAGGACCCCGAGGGUGCUUUCCCCGUCGUUCUCGGUCACGAGGGUGCCGGUAUCGUCGAGUCCAUUGGCGAGGGAGUGACCUCCGUCAAGGUCGGCGACUACGUCAUCGCUCUCUACACGCCCGAAUGCCGCGAGUGCAAGUUCUGCAAGUCUGGUAAGACGAACCUUUGCGGUAAGAUCCGUGCUACACAGGGCAAGGGUGUUAUGCCUGAUGGCACCUCCCGCUUCCGGGCCCGUGGCAAGGAUCUCCUUCACUUCAUGGGUACCUCCACUUUCUCGCAGUACACUGUCGUCGCCGAUAUCUCCGUUGUCGCUGUCACUCCUAAGAUUCCCACCGAUCGCUCUUGUCUGCUUGGCUGUGGUAUCACCACCGGUUACGGUGCCGCCGUUGUCACCGCUAAGGUCGAGGAGGGCUCGAAUGUCGCUGUCUUCGGUGUUGGCUGUGUUGGUCUCUCUGUGUUGCAGGGUGCUGUUAAGAACAAGGCUGGCAAGAUCAUUGCUGUCGAUGUCAACGAUGGCAAGGAGGCUUGGGCUAAGAAGUUCGGCGCCACUCACUUCGUGAACCCUACCAAGCUUUCUGGCAAGACUAUCCAGGAGCACUUAAUUGAGAUGACCGAUGGCGGUUGCGACUACACCUUCGACUGCACUGGUAACGUUGGUGUUAUGCGUGCUGCCCUCGAGGCCUGCCACAAGGGCUGGGGUGAGAGUAUUGUCAUUGGUGUCGCUGCUGCUGGUCAGGAGAUUGCCACUCGGCCAUUCCAGUUGGUCACCGGUCGCGUCUGGAAGGGAUGUGCCUUUGGUGGCAUCAAGGGUCGCACACAGCUCCCCGGUCUGGUGGACGACUACCUCAACGGCGAGCUCAAGGUGGACGAGUUCAUCACUCACCGCCAGCCAUUGAGUGAGAUUAACAAGGCCUUCGACCAGAUGAAGGAGGGCGACUGUGUUCGUUGCGUUGUCGAUAUGAAAUAG